AUGAACCCUAAGACGCCCGCGGCCCCGGGGUCGGGGAGUAUCGGACUGGCACCGCCAGAAAAGGAAGGUCCUUUGAAGUCGGCUAAGGAAGACGAUGGGAGUGGAAUGGCCGUGGAUGCUUUCUACCUUCAAUCACUUAUUACUGAGGCUUUCCAUGAUAAAGGAUUUCAAAAAAUAGAAGAGUAUUUUCAACAGAGAGAGAGCCACAUUCCUCAAAAAUAUAAUCAUCUUCUAUUAUACCGUCUUGACAGAUCAAUAAGCAAGGAACUGGAUAAAAAUGAGUUUCGGAAUGUUUCACUGUUGCUGAAAUGUAUUCAGCGCUUCCUCAUAGAUGGCCUCAGAGAAGAUGAGCCUCUGCUAGUCCAACAGAGACUGAUCCCAAAGAUGGUUUCCUGGUUUGAAAGAACGACAGGAUUUCUGACCAUGGCAGAUCUCGCCUCCGACACAUCCCUGGUUAAUGUUACAGAAGACUUCUUUGACACGGCGUUGAUUAUUUCCACGAGGAGUAGUAAAGGGAAAAUUCAGAUGCUGGAUUCCUUCAUAUUUCCCUUAGGAUCUCUGGUGACAGAAAAGACUGUAAAUCAUUUGAUUCAACGGGAGGCUUUGAAGACUUUGAACUUCAUUUUGCAGGCUGUGCCUCGGGAAGAGAGAAAACAACUCUCCUUGUCAGAAGACCCGUGUCGUCUUAUGAAGGAUCUUGCAAGGACAAUCUUGACUGUGGGUGAUUAUGACCAGCAGGUUGCUCUCUCUGAAGCGUUGUGUAGACUGACAACGAAGAAGUCAAGGGUUGACCUUGUCCAUCAGUGGUUUGAAGAUGAUGUCAUUGCUGAAGCUUUCAAAGAAAUUAAGGAUCGAGAAUUUGAGACGGACAGUAGACAAUUUCUCAAUCAUCUAAACAACAGACUUGGUGACCAAAGAAGGGUCUAUUCGUUUCCAUGUAUGGCUGCUUUUGCUGAUGGGAAUGAGAUGAGAAAACCAGCAGAUGAAAAAUUAGAGAAAUUUUGGAUUGAUUUCAACCUAGGAAGUCAGAGUGUAACUUUUUAUAUAGACAAUACUGAGAGCGCUCUGUGGGACUCAGUAAUACUUUCGAAGGACGCAGUGAUUAAUUUCAGCAUAAUAGAAACCGAGAGGAUGAAGAUGCUCGUCAUUAACCUGAAGCCUAUUAAUAUCAGAAACAAAGAAGUAAUGAAAAUAGAAAUCCAUUUUGAUUUGCAAUUCGACAUAUCAGAAGCUUCCAUUAAAGCAUUAGGAGAAGACAAACAGAUGUUGCCUGACCAGACAAAAGUCUCAGAACAUUUUGGUGAAUUUGCGAAAGACGACAUUGAAUUUCCCAGCAGCGACAAAAGAGAGACAGACCAAGCAGAAGAAUCUACCAAGCUGGCAGAGUUAACAAGUGCUGGAGAUGACCGCUGCCUAAUAACUCUGCCCUUUAACCAGUCUGAGCCUGCUCAAAGUACACCUACUCAUUCACAUGAAAAAUCGAAACUGGAUGAUGCAAAAAAAGUUGCUUCAGAACUUGAGAAUUCUUCAGAUUUACAAGAAGCUUCAGUAAAAAUUCAGGCUUCUAAAUUAAAUGACAAAUCUAGGGAAGAGUCUGCUUUUGAGGAUGACGGAAAGCAGGAAACAAGGAUGUCGAAGCUUGAUUACAGGAAACACCUCUUCUCAGAGAGUAAUCCAGAUUCAAGUACCAGUACCAGUGAGCUGCCUUGGACAAAUGACCAGAAAAGAAAAUCCCUAAAACCAUAUUCUGGUAGAAAAAAGACAAGAAUCAGAAGUAGGGUAAAAAUCUUGCCACUCUUCCCUCCCAGUAGUGGCAGUGACCGUGAGAAAGACGAAGUGACUAAACUUCUAUCACCUUUAUAGAAAAAUACCUCCAGGCAAAAUAAUGCCACACCUCCAAAAGUUUCUGGAAAAAAAUUUCAGGGUAGUUCUGUCUUUUUAACUCCUGAAGAUUCUGCCCAGAAAACAGAACUUCAAAGUCCCCACCCACUGGGCAAUCUCUCUUCCUUGGAGCACUCAGGAGUUGAAGAAAAUGUAUCUAAGACUGUGAACCAAGAGUCAUUGAUGAAAAGUACUAGCUUCAAACAUAAACUGCAAAACUUGGAAGACAGAGACAUAUCAGAUGAUAGUUUUGCUAAGUGGAAACAGUCAAAAUUGGAAGAAGAUGAUGUUCCAGGCUCCCUUUCCUCAGUGACAGAAGAAGCAGACUUGGCAGAAGGCAUUUCUACUCCAUCCCUAGAAGUUGUGCCAGAGAACUUGAAUGAUUCUUCCAUUAUCACAACCUUUGAAAACUUCACUAGAGAACUGAAAAGACAGUACGAGUUAAGGUACAGAAGGAGUCUACUUCAUUCAAAAAAUGUAAAGCAAGCACCGGAUUGCCUAAUGAAACUUUUAAACCAGAUACAUCAGUGCAGACUGAAUAAACUAGAGCAGUUUCGCACUUUUGUUCUUCAAGAGCUGAGCAACCUUGAGGAGGCUAUUCAGGAUCUGAAACACCUUGAGAAGGACGUUCUGGAAUUUUGUAGGAAACAGUCUGACGAUCUGAAAUCAUUCUGUGAUCUGCAAGUGUUGAGCGAAUCCUUCCCGAGCCCGGACUGUGUGCCAGGCACUGUGCAUGGCACCAAGGGUUCAAUGUUGAUAUUGGCCCUGCCCUCAAGGAGCCAGCAGACAGAAGGGACAAAUAGUUAUGCAAAGAAACGUGGAAAACAGCUUGAUGACGCUCUGCCAGGUUGA